UGGGUGGGGGGGGGUUACCAGGCACCUCCAGCCGGUUGUGUGAGUGCUGGUGGUUGAUACCUGUUGGUGGUGAUGAUGACUUCCAUCAGUCAGGAUGAAGAGGAGUUUGACUUUGACUUUCUUUUCGAGUUCAACCAACGGAGUGCAGUGCCCGACAGCCCCGGAGCAGAAGCCUACAAUUUUGCUUCUCCAAAUGUUACAGUCAUUCCAUCACCUGGGAUGGUAAAUCCCUCUAUACCAACUGCCUGCCAUGGGCUGCAGUCAAGUCCAGUGAUUUCUGUACUACCAGCAACAAAUCAAAUGAUGGGAUAUGGAGGGAGCAUUGAUACUGGAGCUUCAACCUACUACUUGUCUCCAAACAUAAGACCAAACGGUAUCCCAACCCUAGAGAGUCCAAGAAUAGAAAUUACUCCUUAUAUAGGAAUACACCCUGGUAUUAAUCAAUUUGCAAGUGAAGCUGAGACAGAUGGAGAUGAGAAUGGCCCGAGUUCUAAGCGUUCAAAUUCAAUAGUUACCCUGUGUCUACCAAAUGCAGAUGCCUAUAGAGACCCCUCUUGCUUAAGUCCAGCAAGUAGUUUGUCUUCUCGAAGCUGCCAUUCAGAAGCAUCUGAGUCCAGUUAUUCCUAUCUUUACGAUACAUCUCCACAGACCUCUCCUUUGCAGUCUCCAUGCGUCUCCCCUAAAGGCACUGUCCUUGAGGAAAGCUACCCUCGUGGGCAAGCUUCAUGCACCCUAUGGAACUCACCAAGACAUUCACCUGGGACUUCUCCUCGAACAAGUAUCACUGAGGAGAAUUGGCUAAGCCCACGACCAACUUCGAGGCCUUCAUCAAGGCCACAAUCUCCAUGUGGCAAAAGGAGAUAUUCAUUCAAUGGUGGGUACUAUCGACAGCCUUCCAACUCCCCACAUCAUUCUCGAACCCCGUCACCGCAGGCCUCUCCUCGGGUAAGUGUAACCGAGGAAACAUGGUUGAGGAGUGGGAACCAGUACACAAAUUCUGCUAUCCUUGAAGCGAUCACUGCACUCACCACUGACACAAGCAUGGAUAUCAAUGAAAGCAUUCCUGUCAAGUCAAGGAGGACUCUGCAAGACCAAACCGGCUCCAUGUCUCUCAAGCCUGAGCCAAGUAAUGAUGAGCAGAGAGCUUAUUCUCCAUCUACAGAUCUACCACAAGAAGAAUUUUGUGGGUCUCGCCAUCCUUUCAAGAAAGAAAUUUGUGAUCAGUAUUUAUCGGUACCUCAUCCAUAUAUUUGGGCUAAACCAAAACCUGCGUCUCCAACAUCCUAUGCCAGCCCUUCUUUUCCUGCCCUUGACUGGCAGUUACCAUCGCACUCCGGACCUUAUGAACUCCAGAUUGAACUGCAACCGAAAUCUCAUCACAGAGCACAUUAUGAGACUGAGGGCAGUCGUGGAGCUGUAAAAGCAACUGGUGGAGGACAUCCCAUUGUGCAGCUCCAUGGUUACAUGGAAAGUGAACCCCUCACUCUGCAGCUGUUUAUUGGGACAGCAGAUGACCGCCUGCUACGACCACAUGCCUUCUACCAGGUCCACCGAAUCACCGGAAAGACCGUUUCCACUACCAGUCACGAAACCAUAAUCAACAAUACCAAAGUGUUGGAAAUUCCACUGCUACCAGAGAACAAUAUGAGAGCAAAUAUUGAUUGUGCAGGGAUCCUGAAACUUCGGAAUUCUGACAUAGAACUGAGGAAAGGGGAGACUGACAUUGGACGGAAGAAUACAAGAGUGAGGCUGGUCUUUCGUGUACAAAUUCCACAGCCCAACGGUAGAUCCCUUUCUUUGCAAGUUUCAUCUAAUCCUAUUGAGUGCUCUCAGAGAUCUGCACAAGAAUUACCACUUGUGGAAAAACAAAGCAUGGACAGCUAUCCUGUCGCUGGCGGAAAGAAGAUGAUUUUAAAUGGUCAUAACUUUCUGCCAGAGUCAAAGGUCAUCUUUGUAGAAAAAGCAGCAGAUGGGCAUCACAUAUGGGAGACUGAAGCAAAGACUGACAAGGAGCUGUUUAAGCCUAAUUCACUGUUGGUUGAAAUUCCACCCUACCGCAACCAACGCAUUGCAAGCCCUGUUCAGGUUUAUUUCUACAUCUGCAAUGGGAAGCGAAAGAGGAGCCAGAGCCAGCGCUUUACCUACCUACCCGCUAAUGUUCCUGUUAUAAAAACAGAACCAACAGAUGACUACGAGCCUGCCUUAGUCUAUGGAUCACUCAAUCAAGGGAUAAGCCCAGUGUCCCAGACUUAUUACGCUCAACAAGCCCUGACACCAGAAAUGGCACCAGAUCCCAGCUCCUGCCUUGUAAGUGGCUUUCCCUCCUGUCAGCAGAGAAGCGCUGGGAUUUCAACCUCUCCCUCUUCCGGUCACAAACAGCAUGAGCUUACACCUUCCGCUUACAACAAGUGUGUCAGCAACACAACCAGUGUCCAGCUAGUACACCAGCAGUCUGGAGUGACAGUUCCCACUAUUCAUGAAGUACACCGACCUGUGGUUGUGCACCCAAGUUCGCCCACUCAUUCAGCACAUGUUAUGAUGCAGCCCCAAAUGAGUCAGCAUCUGAAUAGCAGCUGUUCCCAUGGUUUCCAGCAGACUCCGUAUCCCAACAAUCUUUCUUCUCAAGGCCCUUCUGCUUCCCCAGAGGCAGCCUACGUGCAAUCCUUCAGUCCACCCAUCUCAGCAGUGAUGAGUCAACAGCAGCAGCAACCUCAGAAACUCCCAAGAAAUGGUUCUCCGCCUAGUCAACCAGGUGAGAUGCCCUCAAUGCACCCAGACAACAAUCAAAAUUUGGCCCCCUUGCCAGUCACAGUGAAGCAGGAGCCACAAGAAUUGGACCAAUUGUAUCUGGAUGACGUAAAUGAAAUCAUACAAAAUGACCUCUCGAGUGCCUCUAUUCAUGGACAUUCAUAGUAAAAACUGGUCACAAGUCCCUGGAAUGAAAGAAAACCCAUUGCCAUUGUAAAAUCGUUUAUAGUGUGAAGAUCGCAAGAAAACUCAAAGAGAAAUCGUCAGUGUGGAACCAGGCUUCUCAAAGCGAAGUCUCUUUCUGAAAAAUAAUUGACUUCAGGUAACAGGGUGAAACUUGAGUUGCAGUUUUUCCAAAGCUCUUGAAUCAGUAGGCCCAGCAACCUCGUAAAGCAUCAUUUGGAUGAGUUCUCAACUUCAGCACGAAAUGUGUCUUCCUUCAUCAUUCUCAAGAAAACUCGUGAAAACAUUUAAAAGGAUUCCAAAGAGUCAACAGGGCUUUAAAAAAUAAAUACAGUAUGUUGAUUUUUGUUUCAAGAAAAAACAUCCUAGAUGUUCUAAAAUAUGCAAAUAAAAGUGCCUUAUGUGUCCUUUUUAGUUAUUAAGGAGAUGUUCUUUCUAUUUUAAGUCGGUUGUAGGAAUCGCAAGCAUGGAAAUGAAGAUUUGAGUGUGCUCCCUGUAGAAAUAUGUUAUUAGACAUAGAAAAGCAGCAGGUUAAUGUGAAUUAUUAGACUUAUUAUAUUGUGUACUUUUAUAUGUGCCUAGUUAGUUCAUAACCAUGAGAGAAGAGCAUCCAAUAAUAUGCAGUACUGUUUGUUGCAUCUCAAUUCAACUCUAUAAUCCAAAAUUGCACCAUUAUAAAUGUAUCAGCCGUCCCAGAGAGGUUUAUUGGUUCCAUACCAGUUAGUAGUGAAUUCCAACACCAUUCCCAUGUCUUUUGAAAUUAAAACUGAAAGAAUAAUUAUGCAAAAGCAUAGGCAAAAAUCCAAGUGUCUAGAGACCGUCUUGUAGAAAUACUGUCAAUACUUCCAGAGAUAGCUGCUGUGGAAGAGUUAGUAAUGUUGUUAUAUGUGGAGUUUACUCUGUAUGUGCUGCAUUGUUUGCCUGCUGCUCUCAUGUGUGCAUUUGAUGAAUAUUUUGAAGCCUGCAUCUUUCAUUGGUUCGAUUCUGGUAUUGUAGAAUAGAAAUGUAACUGGAUGGACUUGUAUUGGUCACUUUUGUAGUGCAGCUGACUAUGACAAAGAGCAAUUUCAGAUCCGCAUAAAUAUUAAAAAUGAAAAUGUCAAGAGAGUUUUAGAACAUUAGAGGGAACAUCCUUUGUUGUAUUUCCUGUCCCAUAAUUGUAACUGAUCAUGGAAUACUCAAUGGCACAAUCUCAGUUCAUACUGCCGGAGGUUAACAUCCAGGGGUCUUGCUUCAUAUCACAAGGUUCUACACCAGCUAGAAUAGUGAUUAUUCCUGUUGUAACGCACAGAGAUAGAAUAUGCAAACUACAAUAUACGUGCAUUUUUUUAACCUUUUGCCAUUAUGCAAGCACUUUAGAAAAUACAUUAUAAAACAAUUGAAAAAAAAAUCUCAAAUGCAUUAGUGGGUAGCUUUACAUUUAUUUCAGAUGAAAUCUCAAGGGUUAAAAAUGUUUAGCUAGAUGAACUCGCUAUAUGAUAGAAGGAUGAAGCUAUUGUUAUUUUAAAUACAAGUGACUUCGACUGGAAUAUUGCAUGAUCAGUGUUCUAGUUCUUUCAACAAUGUGCUUUAAAUCAUAGCAUGAUAGGCCAUAGUAGUGCUGUUUAUCAGGCUAUAUAGCUUAAUUAUUACUAAAUAAGUGCUCUUUUAGGUUUUGUUCUUAUUGUAGUUAGUCUGAUUUGAUUCAAUAAAUAUGGUAAUUGUUUCCAACUCCAGUGCCUUAGCCAGUAGUGCCCUCUCUAGGUUUUGCCCAGGAAUUACACCGUUUUUAGGUUGAAUCAUCGAGUUACUUUUGUUUACUGGUUAAUAUUCACAAUAUCUAUAAAAUACCAGAUGAAGACGUAUACAGUCAUAUGCAUUGUUGCUUAAAGAAGCAAAUGUAAACAAAUGGUGAUAGCUUAAGGUGUAAAUUGUGCUAUUCCCCAGCUUCACUUGAUAUUUCACUCGACAGCCAACCUGGCAAAUUACUAUGAAGAGUUUAGAGCGUAGUGUGGCUAAGUAUCUUACCUUAACGUUACUUAUGGAGCAAAAUUCCAUUGACCAUUCAUUGCUUCUUUUUGUUUCUCAAUAUCGCUGACCUUUUGUAGCCUGUUGUAGCCUGUUGCAGUACCUCGCCCUAUUUCACCAUUCAUCAAAACCUUGUGCAUUCUAUUCCACUUUGGAUUCAUCUUUUGGUUCAAUGUUCAGCCAGCAGCUUUUAGUUGGUUAAAGGGUUAAUAUAGUUGAGGCUAAAAAGCCCUAAUCACCAAACAGUGAAUAAAUUACAAUUCUCAGCACUCCUGUGGAGAUUUUCCAACCUAUAGUGAAUUUAGGAAGACUAAUUUUGCUUUCGAAAAAAUACCGAAUGAGUUCACAAUACAGCUGUCUAUAACGAUGGGCUUUGCUCACAUAUUGCUGUGAUAGCUUCAUUGCACGCAUCUUUCAAAGUUUGCUUUUGUUUGUAACAGGUUUCUUAGCAGUCCGAUUGCAAUGCAGUCUAUAUGAACAUUUGUUUGUUUAACUAGGUUGCACCAGACAACCAUUUCUAUCUACCUAAAUACUCAACUCAUUUUUUUCUUUAUUGUAUAUAUUUUUUGCAUUUAUAUCUGUAUUUUUGACACAUUUUACAUGGUUAAGAGUUGUGCUGCUUUCUAUAAGCUGUCCCAGAAAUGUUCCAGUUGAAGUGUUGGUCUUGGUUUCUACAUUAGAAUGUAUUAUAGCUUUGCAUUGCUGGUUGAAAUUUCCUGGGCAAAAUAGCCUCCACUUGCCCUGCUCUCAUUAUUUCAGGAAUAGCUCCUACAUUAAAAGACAAUGGACACAAUUUCCCCCUCAUUCAUGGCAAAUUCUUACUUCUACAUCUUGUCUUUCAUGUCCUCGCAAGCUCAUAUUUUCUUGUACAUUUGCAUCAAUGUUUUGUUUUGCCAUUUAUUCUUGCCAUGUAAGCCCUUUAAUGGAAGUUAUGCAAAUAUUUUCUACAUGUAAUGUAAAAUAAAAAGCACAGU